AUGGCCAAUGCGGUGGUUUACGCCCUCAUAGCCACCGCCUUCUUCAUCAUCAUGGUAUUCUCUCCCUCCAGACAACAUGGUCGUGAUCAUCGGGGCCUAAAUCGCCGCCUAGGCUACGAAUUCCGGAUCACAAAUUUCGACCCUCUAGUCAGCAAGUUGGAAAGACUGGCUGAAAAUAGGGGACAAGAAGACCCCAUUAAUAGUACUACUUCUUCCUUCAAUUUUGAAAACGGUUCCUUUGUGGAUGAGGUUGACGAUGCAUAUGAAUAUUUUAGUGAAGGAAAAUUAAAUACAACCUUAAGGUUGUACAUUUUGUUCCCUUUGAUAGACAAAGCACCAACCGAUGGGGUGGUUAGUUGCAAGGAGCUAGAGGCUUGGUUUGAACAUCAAGCACAUCAGAGAUUGAUUUAUACAACACAGAAAGAGAUGGCAUCGCGUGACAAGGACGUGGAUGGGGCCAUAGCUUUCAAUGAGUAUCUACCUCAGUUUUUUAAAGAAGAUAUAGAGAAAAAUGGAAUGGGGCAUGGUGAAGCUGGAUGGUGGAAGGAGCAAUUUGAUAAUGCUGACAUUGAUCGAAGUGGAUCUCUUAGCUUUGAUGAGUUCAAAGAUUUUUUGCACCCAGAAGACAGUGGGAAUGAGAAAAUUCAGAAAUGGCUUUUGAGAGAAAAGAUAAAGCGGAUGGACAAUGAUGGUGAUGGGAAACUCAACUUUGAAGAAUUCCUAGACCAUGCUUAUGAUAUUUAUAAGAAUUAUGCUGAUUUUGAAUCUCGUGGGGCUGAUGUACCCACAGCAGAAGAGAAGUUUGCAGAGCUUGAUGUGAACAAGGACAAAUUGUUGGUAGUGGAAGAAUUGAAACCCAUGCUAGGUUAUCUUCACCCAGGAGAACUGACUUAUGCAAAAUAUUAUACUAGUUAUCUGAUUCAUGAGGCUGAUGACAACAAAGAUGGGAACUUAUCGCUUGAUGAGAUGCUCAAUCAUGAGCAUAUUUUGUAUAACACAGUCUUUGAUGAAAGCAAAGAAGAUUACGAUGAUGAUUUCCAUGAUGAACUCUAAACUGUGAUCCCCAGAACAUUUUUUAACAUAACAAUACAGAAGAAAAUGAAAAAUGAAACAAAAUUUUCCUUCUCUCUUAGAAAGUACUGAGU